AGGUCCUCCAGUUCCCCUCCUCUCACAUCUUAAGGAAGGAGACUCGAGCAGAGAUGUUGCAAUGCAGGAGGAAAGAAUCAAACAGUGGGCGAAGACGGAGGAGUACUGAGAGCUUUUAGGGUUUCUGACCUCCAGAGAAAAAAAGUACUUUCUGCUCACCCGUGGAUCCACAACAUCCUCUUGAUCCACAGCUGCAGUCUGCCUCCCCGCCAAGGGAGGACAUGAUUGCUUGCGUGAUGGCUUUGGAGGCUGCUUUGCUUCCGUGCUUGCCCGCAAGAGAGCUCCAAGCAAUUGACCGUUCUCCCCACCCGUCUCAUCAAAUUGAUGUUGAGAGACAUGCCAGAGACUUCAUGGAGGCUGCCAAAAAACUUCAACUCUAUUUUGUUGGUCUGGAACGUGAUGAUCAGCCCACAAAGGCAGAAACCCUUCGAAAGGAAAUUGCUGUGAUGGAAGAAGAAUUGAAGAUCAAGUCUGAACUUAUCAAGAAGCAAGAAAGACUGAUCCAAGGGUGGAGAAAGGAGUUGAAAGACCAGCUAGACAAACACAAUACCGAGUUAGAGAGGGUGUGAUAGUAUCGCUCUACCAAUAUAACACAUUAUUUCAUCUGAAUUUCUGAGAUUCAGUUUGUACUUCUGGGUGUAGAGGUCCUGAACUGAUGCGAUGACGGGUGUUAUCUACGUCAGUUUUGCUUUGCUGAAUGAAUGAGUUCACGUUCUGUA